GAGUAGAGAGUGUCAUGAGUGAAGAUCAGAGUACUCCAAAUGGAAUGAAACUAAUUAAUAAAUAUAGCCAUAUAAAUAACUAUAUGCUAUAUUGUUUUUUUUUUUAAAGGUCGCUAGGCUUUUUCUGGAGGGGCCAGAGAGAGCGUUCCUCGUUUCCAGGGGAACAUUACGAAAGACGGACUGUCAUUUGUAAACAGUCCCACGUGUGCCAACGAUGACGUGCUCAUGGUGUCAACAGGAUGAGCUAUAAACAGCCUGUAACUCAGGCAACUCUACACUAAUUGAACAUUCUUUUUACAUCGAACCUCUAUUCAAAUUGUAAAUAUAGAGACAGCCCUGGGUGUAGCUAUGAAAUUGCUAUUUCUUGCAUGCCUCAGUCCAAAAACGGGAAACUGCACCACAGCCGAGAGAAUAAGGGCACACAUUGAAUCAGCGGGUCACACCUGUGAGCUUCGAGAUGCUGCGGAUUUCAAGUCAUCGGCAGAGGUGGCCAGUUUGAUAGAACAGAAGCCACCCUUCGAGGGGGCUAUUGCCAUUCACCUGUUCAAAGGAGGCAGGCUCCUUCUAGGUGAAGCUACAGUACCUUCAGAAAAUACUCAAGUGCCCUUUGGAGUCGUCUUCGGAGGAACAGACAUUAAUGAAGAUGUGAAAGUGGAGCAGAAGCGUGCAGUUAUGGAGCAGGUGUUGCUGAAAGCCAGAUUUGCUGUUGCAUUUACUGACAAACUGAAAGCAGAGGCUGAAGUAUUUCUGCUGUCCCAAAGCAGCAAAAUCUACGUCCAGCCUCAAGGGAUCAAGACUGAGGCGGCUCAGAGUUUCUGCUGGAGUGAAUUUCUAAGGCGCUCAGGUGUGAGUGGGGAGGAUGUGGAGGACCUGCAUGUGUUCCUACUAGUCUGUGGCCUGAGGAGAGUGAAGGAUCCUCUCUAUCUGCUGGAGGCAUUCUCAGAGUGGCACACUGAGAAUCCCCUGGUAGUGCUCAUCAUCAUCGGACCUAAGAUUGAUCCUGUGUUUACUGAAGAAGUAGAAGCAAUCAGUAAAAGGUCAGCGGGGGUUUACCUGGCCCAGGAGAGAAGCCAAGAGGAGCUCCAUGCUGCUAUGAGGAGGUCAGCUGCCCUGGUGAACAGUUCAGUCUCCGAGGGGAUGUCCGCUGCCAUUUUAGAGGCAAUGGACCUGGAGGUACCGGUGGUGGCUCGUGACAUCCCAGGCAACACAGCGGUGGUGCAACAUGAGGUCACUGGUCUGCUCUACUCGUCCCCUCAGGAAUUUGUGCGUGUAUCUCAGAGGCUGCUGGUAGACGGAGAGCUGCGGGAGCGUGUGGUGGCGAACGGGAAGCGCUACGUUGAGGAGCACCACAGCCUGGACCAUGAGAGGGAGGCCUACCAGAGGCUGGUGGACACGCUACGCUAAGGCUGUACAGAAUAACCAGGUCCUCUGUCUCAACCUUACUUUCUCUCAGGAACAACUCCAAGGGCUCUAUUCGAUUCAUCGAUACAGAUUGAAUAGAGCCCUAAGUUAGUGACACAGGCGGAACUACACAAGCAGAAGAUAGAAAUCCAUAUCCAGUUUGGGUUAGUGCUAUCCUGGAUCCUUGGGACAUACAGUGGGGCAAAAAAGUAUUUAGUCAGCCACCAAUUGUGCAAGUUCUCCCACUUAAAAAGAUGAGAGAGGCCUGUAAUUUUCAUCAUAGGUACACUUCAACUAUGACAGACAAAAUGGAGAAAAAAAAAACAGAAAAUCACAUUGUAGGAUUUUUUAAUGAAUUUAUUUGCAAAUUAUGGUGGAAAAUAAGUAUUUGGUCACCUACAAACAAGCAGGAUUUCUGGCUCUCACAGACCUGUAAUUUCUUCUUUAAGAGGCUCCUCUGUCCUCCACUCGUUACCUGUAUUAAUGGCACCUGUUUGAACUUGUUAUCAGUAUAAAAGACACCUGUCCACAACCUUAAAGAGCCACUGAACACGCUGAUUGGCACAUGUUUUUCUGUUGCUUAUUGGAAAAACAAGAUUUCAGUCUUGGAGGUAUGUUUUCUGACCGAUUUAACCAGUUUGGAUAAUGAUCCUCAUCCCUCAUGAGACAUUUCCUCAAAAUCCCCAGAAUGAAUCUAAGAUAACUCCAGAAAUCUUUCAUUCAUUUUGAUGUUUUUGCAGAGGAAGUUUUAGUUGUGCAAUUUUACAUUUAACUAAGGUGUUUGGUGCAGUCUUAAAUCCAAAAUAAAAUGGGCACUGUGUUGUCUCAUGCAAACAAAGUCGGAGCCGCUGGGCAGGUCUGCCUCACUGUCUAUGCUAUUGGAUAGAGAGCGAUCACCGCAGCUGUUCACCCCGUAUUAAUGGGAAAAUGGGCAUCGACAAAUCAAAACCCAACCUCCAACCGUUUUGACGGGCGGAUGUUCCAGACUUUGUUUUAGACGAGACUGACUUAAUGGCCAAAAUGAUCCAAUUGAUUAUUUUUAUUUGAUUUUGACACUAGAAUAACUGUUUCUGACUCAUAUCGAUGCCAUGUUUUUAAAGGGAUUUGUUGCUUUUUAAAGGCAGUCGCUCUUUAACCAUUUUACAUUUCAACUUCAAUGGGGUUGGGAUGUUCCAAAGAUCCCGGAUAGCAAAGACCGUCCAGUUUGUCUACAAAUUAAUCAUUGAUAUGUUGGCUUCACGUCUAGACAUCAACAAAAAAUCUAUGUUUAAAGAAUACCAUUAAAUCUAAUCAAACUUGAAAUGCACUUUAAACAAAGUUUGAUUUGAUUUAGUCCUUUACAUUUCAGUCAUUUAGCAGAUGCUCUUAUCCAGAGUGACUUAGUUUGUGCAUUCAUCGUAAGAUAGCUAGGUGGGACAACCAUAUUUCUCAGUCAUAGUAAGUCGAUUUUUGCUCAAUAAAGUAGCUAUCAGCAAAAUAAGUGCUACUUUAAAAUUUAAAAAAAGGAAAACAUUCAAACUUUUUAGUAUUUUUGGUUGAGAUGGAGGCGUGAAUCCAAAAUGUCAAUGAUUAACUUGAAGAUUACAUUUGAAAUCAACCAAAGCUUGAAACUCUAGGCCUUUAUGUUUUGUCUAUUUUUUGUUGAACCCUGAGUUGAAUUGAAACAAUAUCUGUUGAUGACUGCUGUACGUAUUGGCCCAAAUAGUAUCAUUGAUGCAUUUAAUGUACUCUGUUAAACCUACCCUUUGGAAGGACUUUGAUAACAACAGUGGAUAUAUUUAAUUAUUAAGAGAUCUCAACAAUCAUUCUCACAAUAGCAUAUUGGUAGUAGUCAGUGAAAUAUCAAAGCUAAGCAGGGCUGAGCUUGGUUAAAACCCUGGAUUGGAGACCAAAUUAAUAGCUAUAAAUAGAUCAACUCUCCAGUAAGAGGUGCUGCCCAGCCUAUAGUUAUUUUUCUGAAAGUUGAUAUAAUGUUAAAGAUCUGACGUUGUUUCAAAAAGACACAAAUUCAACAUAUUUUAUACAUGGUUUUUGGAUGUUGAAAAUUGGUCACAAUGAUGACAUAAUCCUGUGGUUGAAAUUCCACCCUCAAAACAACUGUUUACAUAUGACUUUUUUCAAAUCUAUUCCACAUAGAUUCCAUGUCACAAUACACAUUACCUUGAAACAACAUUGAUGCAACCAGUUUGUGCCCAGUGGGAAAGGCCUAAAGAGGUGCUUGCAUCCAUAAAGGGAUAAAUAGCUUUAAUGAUCAGGUAUCAUUUCUGAAUUUUUUACAAGUCUUUUCUAGCUCUCAAGCUUUAAAGGCAGACUCAGCGAAAUGAUGUUGCCACGAAAACACCGCAGAUAUUGAGAUGAGCGAUGCAAGACCUCGCUCUCACACAGUCACACCCCACUGGGCACACACUGGUUGAAUCAACUUUGUUUCCACUUACUUUAAAUUAAAUUACGUUAUACAAACGUGGAAUCGAUGUUGAAUUGACAUCUGUGCCCAGUGCGACACAGUAUCUGCAUGGGUGCGCUUCACGCUGUUGCACCUUGGUAGCCAGGGCUCCAGAACAGCGGAGAAGUUGAGCCUUGCGCUUCGACGCUCUUAGUUGUUGAGGAAAUUGACCCACUAUGCUGUUUACUUUCGGCGUGUAUGUCAUAUCGCUGAGUCUACCUUUAAUUCUACGCGGACCAAUCUACGCAGCACAAUUGAACUUGAUUAGCGAAAUGUACUUUUAAGUGCUAGAGGUGGAGGUUACUUGGUGAAUUGGUGUCCAAUAAAAGAAGUGCUGUGACUCCGUCAUGUUUACUCUACUUAUUAUUUAUUAUUUCCAAACAGCCUACAGAAAACCUUUUUGAAAUUGAUUAAUUACAUUUUUGUAAUGAAAGUUGAUCAAUGCUGUUUACUUAUAUAUCAUUUUCAAUAAAAUAUGGUUAAAUGGUG